AUGGCAGCAGUUGUUUAUAUACGGGCUACUCAUCCAGAUCAUGGACCUUGUUCAACUAUAGUCUGCUCAAAGUCUAAAGUUGCUCCAUUAAAGAAGAUGUCUAGACUAGAACUCACCGCAGCAUUGCUGCUUGCCAGACUAAUUACUUAUGUAAAGAACAACUUAGACAUUCAGCCAACUCAAACAUCUCACUCAUCCCGUUGGAAGGAGUUUGUAAGAAAUAGAGUGUCAGCAAUUCAAGAUCUCACUCUAAUCAGCGUUUGGAGGUUUGUACCUGGCAAACAAAAUCCAGCGGAUUGUGCUUCUCGAGGUAUCAGCAUAUCCCAGCUUCAGAAGCACCCCCUGUGGUGGACAGGUCCACAGUGGUUAACAGCAGACGAAUCAUCAUGGCCAACUCAAUCAUCAGUGUACGAUUCAAAAGCUCAGCAAGAAAAGCGACCCGUGAUCACGUUAAAUACUCAGACCAUUCACCACGAUUAUCAUUGGGAUAUGAUAUACAGACAUUCUCGUUUAAUGAAAUUGCUCAGAGUGACUGCAAUUUGCUUCAGGUUCAGCCAACUCUUUAGACGAGUAUCUCAGUCAUCUCUUACCUUUCCCCUCACGCCACGAGAUUUAGAGAGAGCAAGGAUUUUUUGGAUAAAGGCAACUCAAGAAUCGUACUUCUCACAGGAAAUUAAGCAGAUCAACUCAAAUUCACUGCCCGUCUCACACCCCCUCGCACGAUUGACAGCAUUUAUUGACAUUCAAGGAGUCAUACGUGUUGGAGGGAGACUAAUCAUUGCAGAUGCUCAUGAAAGAACAUUGCACGGUGGGACGCAGGCAACUCUGAACCUCAUACGAUCAUCGUACUGGAUCAUAGGCGGACGACUCCCAGUACGAUCUUAUAUUUAUCAUUGUAUGAAAUGUGCUCGUUUAUGUGGCGAACGAGCGAAGCAGUUAAUGGGUCAAUUGCCGUUAUCAAGAAUCACUCCAGCCCGACCGUUUGCCGUCUGUGGUGUGGAUUACGCUGGUCCCAUCACGUUAAAGACUUGGAAAGGCAGAGGCGCCAAAACAUCUAAGGGUUGGAUGUGCAUUUUUGUGUGCUUUGUUACAUCUGCACUUCAUUUAGAGAUUGUAACAGAUUAUUCAGCAGACUCAUUCAUUGCAGCGUUCAGACGGUUCACUGGACGUCGAGGUGUCUGCAGAACUCUCCACAGUGAUUGUGGCACCACAUUCCAAGGCGCAGAUACACUCAUCAGACAACUCUUCAAGCAGGGGACUCAACAGGCUAGUCAACUCGCAGCUGCAUUUACAAAGGAUGGAACUGAGUGGAGGUUUAAUCCACCAGCUGCACCACAUAUGGGAGAAAAAUGGGAAGCUGCAGUCAAAUCAGUGAAGUUUCAUCUUAACAGAACUAUAGGCGACUCACUCUUUACAAAUGAAGAGCUUUCCACACUGCUUGUACAGAUAGAAGCAGUCCUCAAUUCCAGACCACUCGAACCUCUCUCAGCCGACUCUACAGACAUCUCAGCGUUAACUCCAGCACACUUCUUGGUCGGUGAACUGCUCGUAAUAUUGCCAGAGCCUUCACUGGAAAAUGUGCCAAUGCCACGCUUGACCAGGUGGCAAUUUAUUCAGCAGCGACUCCAAUCGUUUUGGUCCACGUGGUCAAAACAAUACCUUCAGCAGAAACUCGCCAUUUCCAAGUAG